AUGGCUAUUACUUUUAAGCAACAGAUGUUCUCUAUUUUUGGAAUUUUCAUCGUUGGUGGCCCCGUUUCGUUCAUCUUACUAAAGAAUCAUCUAUACGAAAAGCGAAGGGCAUAUUUCAAGCUGCAAAGGGAAAGAGAAGCUCAAAACAAAAAAGAAGCCAAUUGA